CGUCACUCACUUGUUUCUAGAUGCCUCAUCACCUCGUUUCUAGUUCUUAUCAGCAUCUGCCGGGAGGAGUGAGGACUGGGAGCGAGUCACUCGUCCAUUGAUCUCUAACCCGGCAAUCCCUUUUAGUAUCACCGGCGAGCCGCCACCGUCGUCAUCGCCAUGGCAGACUUCAACGCCGCCGCCACUCGCCCUAUCAAGAUUAUCACGGGCGCCGACUCCUUUGGCUGUUCUCUCAAAGACGCUUUAGUCACCCAUUUGCGAUCCCUAAACAUUGACGUCGAAGAUCUCGGCACUUCCUCUUACUACUCGAUCGCAGCCGAGGUCGGUCGCCGAGUUUCCGAGUCUUUGUCAUCUUCGUCAUCCCCUGAGACUCGGGGACUUGUUGCUUGUGGCACCGGCUUCGGCGUCUCAAUCUUCGCCAACAAAUUCCCGGGCGUCUUCGCCGCGACUUGCCUCAACCCCUCUGAAGCCCGCAAUGCCCGCUCCAUCAACAAUUCCAAUGUCCUCGCCGUCUCCGGCCUGUCCACCUCCCCUGAAUCGGCCAUUGAAAUUCUGGAUACCUGGCUCAAUGCCCCUUUCAAAUCCCCAUGCCCUGCAUCUGACAACAAGCCGUGGCCCGAUGAAAUUCAAUCGUUCCUCGAUAAUUCGCUGGUGGAGAUGCCCAAAAUUGGGGAGAGAUCUCCUGUGGUGGAUACCUGCGCGGUUUGUUGUUUGGUGAAGAACCGAGAACUGAAUCCGAUUGAUAUAAUUCCAGGCGGGUCGAUGAAGAUUCUGAGAGAAACCCCCACAUCGGCGUUCGUGAGGUUCAAGGCGGGGAGCGUGGAGCCAGCGCAUCACCACACAUUUGGUCACGAUUUGGCGGUGAUCCAGGGCAAGAAAAGCGUCUGGAAUUUGAGUAAGAAGGAGAGGUACGAUUUGACGGUUGGGGAUUACUUGUUCACCCCACCUGGGGAUGUGCAUAGAGUGAAAUACUACGAGGACACUGAAUUUUUCAUCAAGUGGGAUGGCCACUGGGAUAUGUUCUUUGACGAGGAUCUUGACACCGCCAGAAACGCCAUUGACAAGGAGAUAGUCGAUAAGCACCCAGAAUUCUAAUACAAGUCGUGGCUUUUGAUUAUGCUUUGAGUCCGAAGAUUUUGCCGACAAGCACCAAGAAGUGUAGCUGAUAUUAUGGCAUUUUCUUUGAAGGCUGUCAGACACUAUGAACCGGGCAUUCAUGAUGAUCUUGCGAGGUGUUAUCGUUGAUUACUUGUUUUCUGUGUGUUUUCUUCUCCGAAAUAAUGAAGUUUGUUUCA